UUUUUUAAAAACCGGUAAUCUUUCACAUCAGCGUAUCCUUUUGGUUGUCCUGUUUGUCUGAUGAGUCAGAUGCUGAUGUGGAGGUGUGUGUGUGUGAUUGGACACUGAUGUGGACAGAUGCGUUUCGCUGUAUGUGGCAUCGACAUGCUAUGAUAACAUGGGCUCAGGGUACAAAGACAGUGAAACACACCAGCACACAGAUUAGAGAGGAGAGCAGCUGGACCGUGUCUCUGUAUAAGCACUUCCCUUUACACACCCUCCCCUGUGCACGCUCCUCAAACACAUGCCGCUGUGUGAAUGAAUGCGUGCGCGCGUGCGUCACUCGUGCACGCGCGUGAGUAAGCUUGGCAGCGCGCCGUCUCCGAGCCAUUUUCGUGAAUGGGAGCAGCGGCGGAGGCUGACUCGCCAAUGGCCGUGCUGGGCAAAUCCCGCGGCUGCAGCCGUGCUCUGGGCGAGCCGAUUCGCUACGACGGGGACUUCCUUCGCCAGACGGAGGUCAUUUUGGUGCAGGUGAAUCCGGGUGAGGCAUUUACAAUUCAGCGAGAAGAUGGUCACUGUCAGUGUAUCACAGGCCCAGCUCAGGUCCCUAUGAUGUCCCCAAAUGGUUCCGUGCCUCCAAUUUAUGUGCCUACGGGAUACGUUUCCCAGAUCAUCGAGGAGAAUGGCGUCCGACGUGUCCUGGUUAUACCUCAGCCAGAUUUUCUUUUGGGGGCCCCCUCUGCUCUGCACCACCCUCCACCCCCACUCCCCCCCCACCUACCAGCCUUUUUGCCUCACCCAGUCGUGCUGCACCCCUCACCCCACCCGGUAUUUUCUGGCGGGGCUGGAGACCUAGCAGCUCAGUACAUGUCACACUACCAGACUGGCCAUGUUUUUUCUGAGAUCGACUCCUACGCUGUGCAGAGAUGCCCUCCUUUUGCUCCGAGGGAUGACAGGGCAGGAAAAACGUACGGCCGCUUGCAGAAGAAGCUUAAAGAGCGGCAGGGUGGCGGCGGUAGUCUGAGCCCCACCGCCGAGGGGGCGAGGAGUCCUUCUCCGUCGCCACAGAAAGCCUACAGCACUCCAUCUCCGAAUAAGAUGUGCAAUGGUGGUCAGGGGGCAGAGGCGGAGAAGGACAUGGGGCAGGACAGUGAGAGGCAGACAGCGUGGAGUAAUGAGGGCUGCAAGGGGGGAGAGAACCUGGGAGUGGAUGUGGAAUCAGAAGCCCUCGAUGAGGAAUCUUUAGCUCUGCAAGCUGCACUGUCUACAAUCAGCAAACCAAAAGUGACUGAUGUUCAAGCACGUACGGCACUGCUAUCCUGGAGUGCCCCCAUCCCACCAGACAAUGUGGACAGUGGCAUUGAGGUCCAAAAUGAGCUCCGCAAAGCUCUGAGUUAUGAGGUCAUCGUUUCCUGUGGGGAUGAGAAGGACGGGAUGUACCAUGUGGUGUACAGAGGUGAUGAACUAAGCACGAAUUUAGAAGAAUUAAGACCAGCGACGGACUACGGCGCAAGGAUCCGCGCUGUAUGUCGGCAUUUACGUGGCGAUCGCUCAGAAGCCGUCACCUUUACCACUCUCAGCUGUGCCCCCGACACACCCAGCGCCCCCUGGAGGACGGGUGGAACUAAGAGCACCAUCAGCUUGCAGUGGAAGGCCCCUUGUGACAAUGGUUCCAGAAUCGACAACUACGUGCUACAGUGGGAUGAGGGGAAAGGAACGGAAGAAUUCGAGCAGUGCUACUAUGGACCAGACCAAGAGUACCAAGUGUGUGAUUUAAUGCCUUCCUCAAGAUACUGCUUUCGCGUCGCAGCCAAAAACGAAAAGGGUUUGAGCAGCUUCAGUGAAGUGGCUGAGAUGUUCACCUCCGGGGGUGUGCCCAGUGCCCCCCCUGCUCCAGAGCUGACCAAGUACGGAGCCAGCUGGCUGAGCGUACAGUGGCAGCCGUCUCCAGCUCCCCCCAGUGGGGACUCUGUGAAGUACAUCCUGGAGGUGGAUGAAGGCGCCACGGGAUGUAAUUUUCAGCCGAGAUACGAUGACUACAAAAGCAGCUGCACUAUUGAAAACCUUCGGCAGAACGCAAAGUACAAGGUCAGGGUGAGAGCUUAUAACACAGAAGGCAAGAGUAACCCCAGCAAGGUUUUGCAGUUUACCACCUGUCCAGGGUGUCCUGGGGGACUUUCCCUGAGGGGUGCAGUGCUGCCCACCAGCUUCAGAGUGAUCUGGGAACCCCCCAAUGAUGAUGGAGGAUCAGUAGUUAUCAAGUACGUGCUGGAGAAAUCAGCGGACCUAAAUGGUAACUCCUGGGAGCCAGCAUAUAGUGGGCCUGCUGUGGAGUAUCUGCUUGAGGGCUUGAAGCCUGGUGCCGCCUACCAGACAAGGGUCUACUGUGUCAGUGAGGCAGGCCGCAGUGAACUGUCAGACAUCCUGCGCGUGCAGACCCCUGCAGUGCCCCCAGGGCCGUGUCUCCCACCCAGGGUGGUAGGAAAGCCAAAGGCGCGGGACGUUCAGCUCCGCUGGGGCCCCCCGCAUGAAGACGGGGGCAGCGCUGUGACCUGUUAUACCUUGGAAAUGGAAUGCACGCGUGAUGAGGCGUACAAGGUGGUGCACCAGGGUCCCGAGCUGGACUGUAUUGUCACCGGCCUGCUGCCGGCCACAUCUUACAGCUUCCGUCUGCAAGCGAGCAACAAAGCUGGGUCUGGGCCGUACUCUGACUGCUGCGAGGUGAUCACAGGACCAUGUGCCCCAGAAGCAGGUAGAGCCCCCCAGGGGAUCUGCAGAUCCCCUACGUGUGUACUGGUCAGCUGGGAGACUCCGCCCUGCAAUGGUGCCCCGGUAACUGAGUUCCGUCUGGAGAGGGCCGUAGCUGAUGGCAGCAUGCACGUGUGCUACUCAGGACCUGGGACGAUGCACGAGCUCAGGGGCCUACAGCCGGCCACUGCCUACUACUUCCGGGUUCAAGCGGUGAACGCAAUGGGAGCCGGCCCCUUCAGCGAAACCACGUCCUGCCAGACCCCCAGCUCGGUGCCCGCGGCUGUCGGCAGCAUCCAGGCCCUCAGCGAACCAGAGCUGCUCAAGGACCCCGGACCGGAUGCGGUUUACUGCCCUUCCUCCUGCCUGGGUCUGCGGUGGGAGGCGCCCUGUGACCACGGUGCAGAGAUCAUCUCCUACAUCAUCGACCUUGGUGAACGUCAGCCCAUCCAGGUGGGACGCAUCACAAGAUACAUCAUCCAGCACCUGCAGCCUGACACUUCCUAUAAGAUACGCGUCCAGGCCCUUAACAGCCUGGGUGCUGGCCCCUUCAGCCCCACGGUGAAGAUGAGGACCAGACCCCACCCCCCGCAGCCACCGCGCCUCGAGUGUAUCGCCUUCAGCCACCAAACGCUCAGGCUGAAGUGGAGCGAGGGCUGUGUUCGAGCUGCCCAGUCAGAAAUCCUGCAGUACCAGCUCCAGAUGGAGGACAGGAACGGCAGGUUCAUUUGCUUGUACCGGGGUCCAUGCCACACUCAUAAAGUACAGAGGCUGGUCGAAUCUACCUCUUAUAACUUUCGCAUCCAAGCUUUCAAUGAUGGAGGAGAAGGACCUUUCUCCGAUAUCUACACGUUUACCACCUUGUGCUGCCCGCCUGCCCCUCCCAAAGCCCCACGACUAGAGCGUCUGAAUGACUACACCUGUGAUGUCAGCUGGGAGGCCGUGCCCCCCAUGAAUGGGGAUCACAUUAUCUACACGCUGCAGUGCAUGUUGGGAAACACAGAGUUCAAACAGGUCUACAGGGGAUCUGAGAUAUCAUAUCGAGCCACAGGUCUGCACCCCAGCAAUGAGUAUCGCUUCAGGGUUGGCGCCAUCCGGCAGUGCAGCUCACCACCUGACCUGUCAGGACCAUACAGCGGCAUCGUCAUGCUCUUACCCCUGUGUGUCGAGGGGGCGGCGGCGGCGGACGCCGGCGUCGGCGGGACAGAAGCGGGUGAGGCUGGCUGUAGCCUGACGGAUGAACAGUGUGCCGCCUUAAUCUUGGCGCUAUUUGCCGUCACCUCCAUCCUCAUCGCUGUCGUCAUCCAGCACUUUGUCAUCAAGUGAGGCCCGUCUGACCACAGGCCAUCCGCCUAAAGAUUGAUCCCGCAUCUCUCUCUCUCUUCCCCAUGAAACCCGUCCUCAGUGGUUCGCGAGACACGAACAGGACAGAAACAGCUAGAGCAUUAAAUCCUAGAAAAGUCAACGCAGUUUUGAAACUUUAAUAUGCUGUCGUGCCGUUGUUGUCCACCUUCCGGUGCUGCUGAAGCUACAUUCAUUUCCAUUUUAAUUUGGUCAUUAUCUAAGAGCAAAGCGGAGAUUCAGCCAGGUUAUGUGAUCUUGUAUUCCGAGUUUAAGAAGCUACAGCAGUCAGUUGUACAACAGGCUUUCUGCCUCAGUCUUUAUAGAAGAAAAUAAUAAUAAUAAUAAUUCAAACUUGUCUGCAGGUGCCGAGUAUCUGACACGGAAUCCUCUUAAUUUAUGUUGCUGUAAACCAUGGUUAUGUUAAGUUAAGCAUCAAAAUGCAAACUGAACCCAAUUUUAUGACUAAAUAAACUACAGCUGUAGCGAAUCACAAAUCCGGAAUAAUUAGCCGCAGGAAUUUGCUACAUUUAGCGGAGUUUAUCUGUGUUUUUCUCCCUUUUUUUCAUCUCGUGAUAAAUUUGUCACGUUUUGAGUCUUAUGACGUGUUGCCACGUCAGGAUUCUUUUACCUCAUUUUGAUUUGGAAUCAUAACCAUCCGGUUUUAAAGCACCUAAGAUUGAUUUAUUUAUAAUUACUUACUCUCUCAGUUUCACUUCAUGUUCACGGAAUUACCUGAAUAUUCUAUUUUUAAAUUAAAAUUUUUAAAUUAAAGUACCUUAUUUUUUUAAUAUAUUUUCAGUUCUAUAUGUACACUCUGUGUAUGUAUAUGUGUGUGUAAUUUUUAGUACAAAAUGCCAAAAGUCAUUAACAACUGAAGUAACACCUGUCAUCACCUGUUUAGCUUUUCCUGAGAUGUAAUGUUUAAUAUCUAUGACAGAUAACACUUAAGGUUCAGCCAGACUUAUUGCUGUGUUUCGAUUAUAUGAGCUCAUAAGGUAGUUGUGACUAAUAUAUACUAUAUAUAGUCACCACUACCUUCUAACUAUAUAGACAAAUUAUGGCAUUCAGUAUGUAGGGAUUAACUGUAGAAAUAAAUUUUAAUUGGAUUGACUGCAGCAUUUGCUCCUGUUUUUCAAGGGGAAAAAAAUAUUUUUGAUAGUGACUAAAUGUAAUUGUAAAAUGUGACAUCUGAAAAUUUGGAAUAUAGUUUAGAAAUCAUGCUUAGUAAAAGAGAAGAUCGUAAGGGUGUACAGUGCUGUGCAGAGGUCAUCAGCAGUCAGGAAACGUUUAAAUCUAUUUCUCAUGGUAGUAAGUGUUUAUUUGCUUAGGAAAAAACACAUAUUUUAAAAUUAGAACAUUAACAAUAAAAAAUUAAUUGAUAAUUAAUUAGGUAGAUUUGUUAAAUCACUCACGGGGUGUUGAUUAGACUUGGGCUUGUUACAUGGUUACUGCAAAUGCUGGUGUGACUUUACAGGAGGAAUUAUUAAGCUGACAUAAUAGUUUUACACCAACCUGACGAUCUUUUAAGUACCAUUUUCUUUAGCUACCUAAGACUUUUUGCACAUUACUGUAAGUGACCGUUCUUCUAUGGUUUUAAUGUGGGAUAAUGUGUCUCUUUGUCUUGUACAUUCCACAACGAAGGCUACAGAGUAAAUCAUUGUGAUUUUGUGCACCAUUGCCGUAGGCUGGUAUAGCUGAUGUGAUAAUCUUAUAGACAUCAUAUCAAAUGGAUGAUCUAUGCACAAUAAAAGCAGAUUCUCAUUUGCA